AUAAUAACAGUGGUGCAAAAUAAAGCCUCCAUUUAUUGUCUACAGUGUGUGAAGAGUUAUCUGUCUGUCUAGUCAAAGAAGGGGACUCUCUGAUGAGGGCAGAACAUAGAUCGGCAGCUACCUUGGCUGCAGUAGAAGCACGCGCCAAGGCGGAAGCGGCACGAACCAGAGCAUCUUAUGCACAAAGGGAGAUCGACGUGAAGGUAAAGAGGGCUCAGCUAAAGGUAGAGGAGACGCGUCUUGAUGCUACACUGGAGGCCAUCCAGCAGGAGAAGGAGGCAGAGGCCGCUUUAGCUGAAGCGACUAUUUUUGAAGCGGCCGUGGAUUCAGCAGACAUUGAAGAGCCGUCUGCAGUUCGUGACAUGGACCAAGGUUCCUCUUAUCAAACAGCUGAGAGAACUGAAAAGUAUGUUCAGGACCAGUAUGCCUACAUGAACACCAGCCAGCCAUCGGCAUACAAUGACAAUCCACGUCCUGACGCGGAAGUUGAAGUGACUUCCCCAGGAGCUGUAAAUCCCAUGCCACGUGAUGACUCUCCCCCACAUCACAAACCUGUUCAUAGCCAAGGUGAGAGGCAACAUUCAUCCUUGCAUGCCCCUAACCCUAUUGAAGCAACUUCUAUCUUGAGGACCCCGGUGGUUCGUUUCAGGCCUAAAAGUGAACGGGAAUGGAACAUGCCACAGUCAACCAUUGGGUUCAAGAGCUCAUCAUCACCCAGGGACAAUAGAGGAGACAACGGGCAGUCACGUAGAGGAGGACACCAUGCGUCUGGUGAAUCCGGUUCCAACGUCUCAGACCUCGCAAAGUUCCUAGCUCGCCGCGACCUACUUACAGCUGGACUCACAAAAUUCAAUGACAAGCCAGAAAAUUACUGGGCUUGGAAGUCUACAUUCUCCAAUGCCACUGAAGACCUCGAUUUGAAACCCAGUGAGGAACUUGACCUGCUGAUUAAGUGGCUUGGACCAGAAUCAGCAGAGCAUGUGAGAAGAGUGAGGUCGGUUCGCAUCAACCACCCUGCUGAGGCCCUCAGUAUGGUCUGGGAAAGGUUAGAGGAGUGCUAUGGAUCUGCAGAGGCAAUGGAGACUGCUCUCUUUAACAAGCUUGAACGUUUCCCCAAGGUCUCGAAUAGGGACCCCCAGCGUCUCCGGGAGUUAGGUGACCUUCUCCUUGAACUGGAGUCAGCCAAAGAGGAAGGUUACUUGUCAGGUCUGUCCUACCUGGACACUGCACGUGGCAUUAACCCUAUUUUGGAGAAAUUGCCCUUCAGUCUUCAGGAUAAAUGGAUGGUGCAGGGGACAAGAUACAAACAACAAAACCACGUCAGCUUCCCACCCUUUUCCUUCUUCUCUAGUUUCAUUCGUGAGGAAGCAAGGAUGAGGAAUGACCUUAGCUUCAUCCCUGCAACCUCCAGCAUCACACCACCAAGGGAAGAGAGAUUCUCAAUGAAAACAGCGAGAACCCCCAUAACGGUGCACAGAACAGAGGUGGACAAUACUCAAUGGGAGGAUGAAGCAAGAGGAUUGGACAACCCUAAGAAGCAGUGUCCUAUUCACAAAAAGCCUCACCCCCUGCAAAGGUGUAGAGCUUUCAGAGAGAGACCCCUAGAGGAACGAAAGACUUUCCUUAGAGAAAAUGGAAUAUGUUUUCGUUGCUGCUCCUCAGGGGCUGCACGGCUAUCUUCCCCUCGGAACAUCAUGGCGGGGAGGAAGAGGGAUUGCCCUCUUCUUCAGUCGCCACCUCAACUUGCACAGAGAUCUGUGGAGACGGCACUGCAGGGAAAUCAUGUGCCUGAUCAACCGGAGAAGAAAGCGAGUGCGUACGCCAUUCUAGACGACCAAAGCAACAGGUCUUUAGCCUUCUUCAAAAUGUUCGACAUAGCUGAUGACACAUCCCCUUACACACUCAGAACAUGUGCAGGUGUGUCAGAGACUGCAGGCCGAAGAGCAAGGGGUUUCAUUGUGGAAUCGGCUGACGAGAAGACCAGUCUAGCUCUUCCUACACUUAUUGAGUGUGACCAGCUACCUGAUAAUAGGGCGGAGAUCCCAACGCCAGCAGCUGCGAUGUAUCAUGCUCACUUAAAGUCCCUAGCCACUAAGAUACCUCCACUUGACCCAAAGGCUGAGAUUUUGCUCCUCUUGGGAAGAGACAUCAUCCAAGCACACAAGGUCCUAGAGCAACGCAAUGGGCCCCUGCAUGCUCCCUUUGCACAACGAUUAGCCCUUGGCUGGGUGAUAGUAGGUGAGGUCUGCCUCGAUGGUGCACACAGACCCUCACCUGUGAACACCUUCAGAACCUAUAUACUCGACAAUGGACGCGCCAGCCUUAUGAGUCCUUGUCCCAACAAAAUUAAUGUCAAGGAGAGUUUCAGCCACACCCACCAGUCUCAGAGUUAUCCUGCCUCAAACCAGGAACCACGACUUAUGCCAAGAGACAUAACAGAUCUCAUGGGAGAGUCUGUUUUCCGCGUCACAAAGGAUGAUGACAAAACAGCUCCUUCUAUGGAGGAUCUUGCCUUCCUGAGGAUUAUGGAAAGGGAAUUCCAUCAGGAUGAAUCGAACAGCUGGGUUGCUCCGCUCCCUUUCCGUAGCCCACGACAACGCCUCCCUAAUAACUUUCAACAGGCAAGGAAUCGUCUCACCUCACUGAACCGCACGCUGAGGAAACACCCAGAGAAGGUUGGACCAUCAAAGCUCACCCAUGAAGUCUUGACCACAUUCAUGGCAGAGGUCGCAGCUAUAGUGAAUGCUCGCCCAUUGGUUCCCGUAUCCACGGAUCCAGACUCCCCAUUCAUCCUGACACCAGCAACACUUCUCACACAGAAGAUAAGUGCACUUCCUCCUCCCCAAGGUGCAUUUGAUGGGAAGGAUCUCUAUGGAAAGCAAUGGAGGCAAGUACAAAGUCUCGCCAACACCUUUUGGCAUCGCUGGAGGACAGAGUACAUUCCUACCCUGCAGAGACGUAGGAAAUGGCAAAAAGAAGAACACAAUCUUCACGAGGGGGAUAUCGUGAUACUGAAAGACAACCAAGUGAAAAGAAACGAAUGGCCCAUGGGCAUCAUAGUCAAGACAUUUCCCAGCACAGAUGGUAGAGUAAGGAAGGUGGAGAUCAAGACAGCAAGGGAUGAGGACGAGGACCAUCUUGGGGACGAGGACGAGGAGCUUAUGAUUGAGACCCCCGUUGAGGACAUAGGGCCAAUCUGCCUAGGCGACUCUUCUGAGGAGCUCAGCGAGGUAGACUCUGGCCCCGGCCCCUCCACAAGGAGACGCAGGGAAGACAGCGACGGGGAGGAGGAGGCUGCUGUGAAGAGGCCAAGGUGGUCCGAUGAGAGCGACUCGGAUUGA